AUGUUUGGUAUUGUGAGAAACUGUGCUUGGAAGGCACCGAGAGCUCUCCAUGGGGUCUUCAACCUUAAAUUGAGGAAAAACUAUUUGCAUACAUUUGUGGACAGCAGAGCGAGCUCGAUUCUGGGAAACCCUGUUAUCAACUCGAAGGUCUUGGUGCAGUUGAACUUGAGACCAUUGGCUCCAUUGGCCCCUGUUCGUGAUGUGCCGCAUCAGAAUAUCGUCGAAAUGGAAUUGGAUUCUGUGAUGAGGAAGAGGAAAAAGAAGAUGAAGAAACAUAAAUUGAGGAAGAGGAGGAAGAGAGAGAAGGCUGAGAAGAGAAAGCUGUCUCAAGGCAGGUAA